AUGGAAGGAAACGGCUCAGAUCAUACCCUACAGUCAGAACGUGCAGAAGACGAACAAUUAGAGAAGCAAUGCAAAGAUUCGGGGCAUGAGAAGGACGAGAACCAAGCGCUGCGUGGGACUAGCGGCGAUGAAGAAAGGAAUUCACCAGAAAUUCCUCCGUUGCCAGUCGGCCUUUUCGACCCAUCACUAAAGGGUGUACGCAAAGAAGUCGCGAAGAAGUGGGCCCUUACAGUCCUGAUACUCUUCUGCUUCAUCCUUUGCGUUCUGUCCCUCUACUGGGCCGUUUUAUUCCAUGUGCCGCAGAACUUGUCAGCCCUGACCGUGGCCGUGGUCAGCUUCGAUGGUCGCUUUUCGCCCUUUGAAGGUACGACACCUUUGGUUGGGGACGCCGUCAAGCAGCCUGCACGAGAACAAGCCUCGCUCCCUGCUUAUGCACUAAGCUACAGGGUCGAACCUCCAGAGAAAUAUGGUGGCGACCCUAUCGCAGUGAGACAAGCUGUCUACGAUGAGCAUGUCUGGGCGGCCAUCAUUGUCAAUGCCAACGCAACGGUACUUCUUCAACGCGCUGUCGCCAGUGGAAAUUCCAGCUACUCACCGCUUGGCGGCGGUCAGAUAUUCGUCAACUCAGCCCGAGAUGAAACCACUUAUGCCAACUACAUCAACCCUCAAUUGUUCGAAUUCAGAGUUAACGUGGUGGCAAUGUUUGGAGAACAGUGGAACACAUUGAACCCGGCAAUUGGCUUCUCCUCGUUCGAUCUCCGGCCCUUCGCACCUGCACAGGCCACACCGGCCGUUACAAUCGGCCUCAUCUACCUCAUCAUCAUUGCGUUCGUCUCCUUCUCCUUUUUCCUCCCGGUUUACACCAAGUUUCUCAUCCCGAAGUGCCACCCUCCCCUACACUUUUGGGCACUGGUUCUCUUCCGUCUCUUCAUGACGACGGCUGCUUAUCUCUUGAUGUCCCUGGCUUAUUCGCUGGUGUCACUGGCGUUCCUCAUCCCCUUUUCCAAUAAGUAUCCGCACAACGAUACCACGAUGGCAAAAGACCCAGAUGCUUACGGACACGCAACAUUUGUGGGGUAUUGGAUGCUGAACUGGGUGGGAAUGUAUGCAUUGGGUUUGGCUAGUGAGAACGUCACAAUGAUUAUUGGUCAGCCGUGGACUGCUUUGUGGCUCAUCUUCUGGGUCAUCUCCAACGUCUCAACUGCCUUUUAUGCGAUCUCCUUGGCACCGGGCUUCUUUCAGUUCGGCUAUGCCUGGCCCUUGUAUCGUAUUGUCAACGCCAGCCGCACGAUCCUAUUUGAUACACAUAGUCGGAUUGGUCUGAAUCUUGGCGUGCUGCUUGCAUGGCGCGCAGUGAAUAUUUUGCUAUUCCCUUUCCGCUGUGUCUUUAUGCGCUGGAAGACCAACAAGGAAUUGAUGAGAACGAGCCGUCGCAGGAAAAUACAAUAUUUGGUAGAUGGGUAG